AUGGUGUCGUCAGUUGAGCGCGCCGAGGUAACGGCCAUGGAGCUCUUGCUCCUCCAUCAGCAGCAACAGCAUGACACUGCAGCAACGAGUGCGACCGCGCUAGAUUCUAUGGCUCAGAUCUUUGGGGAGGCGCACGCAGUUGUUGAAGCGCUUGACGCAGCAGACGUGACGGAGCGACUGGCUCGAGUUGUGACUGUUAUGCAGGAAAGUCUGCGUCUCGUGGGACACAACGUUGGCUCGAUACUGCAAGACGAGGAGAAGAUGCACGAUCUGUGCGAGCAUGUGAAGCAAGCGGACGCCCGAGCACUCGAGGUGCUGCAACUGUCGUCCAGAGCGCUGCUGGAGAAUUACCAGCAGCACUCUGGUCAAGGAAGAGAUGGGGACGGGAGUGAGGUUCCCAUGGUUGUGUCAGGUGAUCGUGUGGGCUCGUCCUCAGCGAUUGUGGUGGCGCACUUUGAUGAGGAGAAAGUGCGCAACGUGAUGGUCGUUGCUGAGAGCGUGUGCACGACAAUAGACCAUGCACUUGGAACGAUCACGGACGAUGAGCUCGCGCUUGCAUCGCAGUUGUCGCUGGAUAUUGCACAGAAACUAUUGGAGGCAGGACAGUCGCUGUUCACGUCGCUGGGCGACGACGAGCGCCGGAAAGGGCGAGCGGCGGAUCGCGGUGAUCGCAUUACGAUUGAAGAAGUAGAGGACGAGGAAGGUGGAGGUGGUACUAGUGAAAUGUCGGGAACGGUGCAAGAGGACAAGAAGCGACGAGAGAAGACUAGAAGUAGACAGUUGGAACAUGCCGCUGUGCUGAGAACGUACGUGAUGGACGUAUAUACCCGGACGCGAAAAGGAGCCGUGGAGCACCCGUUUUUGGCAGGCGCGGUCACUGCAAUGGGACUGCCGUUUAUUGGAUUGGCGAUCCCUGUUGCGAGCUUCGUCGCCGCGGCACUUGCGGUCGAGAAGUAUUUUCCCGAGCACACACAGCUGAUUCUGGAGCUUUGUUCGAACCUCGUCCAGAUGUCUAAACUGUGGUGGCUUCUGUUGAAGGUCGGUACGCGCCAAGUCAGCGUUGUAGCUACAGAAUGCUUUAAAUCGUGGUACGAGUACGCAUCUACGAAUGGUUUCGUAGCUACGGGUAUAGAAAUGGUGUCGACAGGCUGCAACCUUGGCUUUGUCGGCGCCUCCUACCUUUACCAGAUGACGCUUGCUUUCACCAAGCAAGUCCUCCAGUAG